UUGCGGUACGAACGCAGAAACACAUCCCGGUGUCAGGGUCAUUACCGCGACCAAAACGAAAUGGCAGCAGUGCUGAGGCGGUCUGCAAAGUACAGUCUCUCGGGGAAACUGACCCCGUUUGCUGGACCAGUGACUGCUUUGCACAGCCGGAAUGAGAGAGGUCGCACUGCAUUGUCAUGUCUUGUGUCGAAUCAGAGAAAUUCCUCAUCGGUCUCUAAAAUUAAAGUGGACUUGGACAGUAACACAGGAAUUGCUGUGAUGACACUUCAGAGCCCGCCUGUAAAUAGCCUCAGUCUGGACUUCCUGACGGAGUUUGCCAUCAGCCUGGAGAAGCUGGAGAUGGACAGGGGCUGCCGGGGUCUAGUCCUCACCUCAGCCCUGCCAAAGAUCUUCUCCGCGGGCCUGGACAUCAUGGAGAUGUAUGGGAAGAGCCCGGAGCGCUGUGGAGAGUUCUGGAAGGCUGUGCAGGAGAUGUGGCUGAAGCUCUACGGGUCCAACAUGGUGACGGUAGCAGCCAUCAACGGUUCCAGCCCGGCAGGGGGCUGCCUGAUGGCUUUGUCCUGCGAUUAUAGGAUCAUGGCGGACAACCCGCGGUACGGCAUCGGCCUCAACGAGACGCAGCUGGGCAUAGUGGCCCCCUUCUGGUUUAAGGACACCCUGGCGAACACAGUGGGGAACCGGACGACAGAGCUGGCCCUGGAGCUGGGCCUCCUGUAUAGCGCCCCGGAGGCUUUGAAGAUUGGCUUAGUCGACCAGCUGGUGCCCGAGGACAAGGUCGUGAGCACAGCGAUAGAGAGCAUGGCAAAGUGGUUCGCUAUCCCAGACCAUGCCCGCCAGAUCACCAAGUCCAUGAUGAGGAAACCGACCAUCGACAAGCUACUCUCCAGCAGGGAGUCAGACAUCAACAACUUUGUCAGCUUCAUCACCAAAGACUCCAUCCAGAAGUCUCUCAGGAUGUACAUGGAGAGUCUGAAGAAGAGGAAGGCGUGAGGGAGGGGUGGGGGAGGGGACGGCGCCGCUGCUACUGUGACUGUCACCGCACUGUCACCCUGUCACACAUUCUCUCUAGUACCCUUUGUUUAAAGUGUGAAAAUAACCCUUUCCUUAAAGCAUUACCUUUUGAUUAAUAAGAAAAAAAAGUAGUGUUGAAGAACGACACGCACUUCUUUGCUCUCUCUGAAGGCCAUGUUUUUAACAUGUCUGUCUCAGUUCUUACUGUUUGCAAGUAAACUUUUUGACACAGCUGCAGAGCCUGAAGUUUUGAAAGCACAC